AUGCCAAUUGUGUUAAAAAGAGUUAUUGAUAGGUUAUGCCGUACACGACAUAUGCCACCUGGGGCUCUAGCUGUAAACACAUCUCGAUUGAACGCACCACCACCACCGCCUCAUACCACCGCAACAGCACCACCGCCUCAUACAACUGCAACACCUUCCCUGCCUCUUACAGCCCAAACACCUCCACUGCCUCAGAAAAUCAAAGCAGCAUCACAGUCUCAGACAACUGACACAUCACCGACAUUUGAGGAAUCCACAUUUGUCCCUAUCCCUGGAGUGACACAUCAUGUUUUGCAAGGUCCAAUUGUCAAUCACACCACGAUAGCAGGGGAGGAAGUGGAGAGGGACCAAACUGUUUCUGAUGAGGAAGAGGAGGCCGUAGAACAAGCAUUUGCUUCUGGGCAAGGCCAAUGA